AUGGCCAUUGCGCACGCCCCACCCUACUCGCACGCCCGCUACCACUACGCCCGCCUCGUCCUCUCGCCCCUCGAACCCUCGUCCCCCCCAGUCGACGUCCCGACCCUCGUCCAGCUCCUCGACAGCGUCACCUCGGCCUGGUUCGGCACCAUGGGCGGGCCUGUCGCCCUCGUCCAGCUCGACGUCGUCCUCGUCGAGCAAGCGCACGGCCGCCCCGCCGAGGACCGCGAGGUCGUCAUCCGCUUCCCUGCUGGCACAACCCACGACCUCCUCACCGCGCUCGCCCUCUCGCCGCACCCCUCGUUCCGCCUCUCGAUCCUGCGCGACGCGCCCGACCUCGCGCGCCUCGGCGGCGCGGCAGGCAGGGGCAAGGCUGGGUACGCCGCGUGGCUCGGCGCGGCGAGGGAGGCGGCGGCGAGGAGCGGGAGCGGGAGCGGGCGGGGAGCGCGAGAGGGAAAGGAGACGCAGGUUGGGUGA